GCCAUCUAAAUGACAAAUACAGAGAUAUAAGAAUAGAGUUGAUCAACAAGUUUGUAUUUCCAAAAUAACUUAAAAUGGAUGCUGUCUGAGGCCAAAAAAAGAUCAUUGAAUAGAGAUGGAUAUGAGGGUGGAUUACUUGUUGAUGAAAUGACAAUCCAAGAAGACAUUCAGCUAAAAAAGAGAGGAAAUGAAUUUGAAAUUAUUGGUUUUGUUGAAUGUUGUGAUGAGUCAGUCUACAUGAAUAAACUUAUGGGAAAAUCUGAUUUAAAAAUGGCUACACAUGUUUUACAACUUUUGUUUUUGGGAAUUACUGGUUUCCGUUUUCCAGUUGGACACUUUGCUACUUUACAAACAAGCCCAGCAGAAUUGUAUUCAAUUUUUAGGGAAGCAGUAAAAAUGUUAGGAGUUUUUGGUUUUACUGUACUAUAUGUUAGUAUGGAUGGUGCCCAAAAUAAUAGACUUUUUAUGAAAAUGCUACUGCCUGGAAAUGAAUUAAAUUCUAUUAAAAUGAAAACAAUGAAAAUAAGAAAUAUAUAUGACCAGAAUAAACCAGACAUUUGCAUUAUCAUGGACUAUUCCCAUUUAAUGAAAAAUAUUAGAAACAAUAUAUCUAAGAGUGGCAAUACCAACAAACAUACUAAACAUUUGAUGUACAAGGGUAAAGACAUUUUUUGGGAACACUGGUGUAAAGCUUACCUAUGGGACACAAGCAACAAUGCAUUAAAAAUUUAUCAAAAGCUUACUAAUGAUCACUUUUUUUUAAAUCCACAGCUUAAAAUGAGAAAUGCUUUAGCUGAGGAUGUUUUAAAUAGUGACAUGCUACAUCUAAUGAGAAAAUAUCAAGAAUCUCUUCCUGAUCAAGAGAAGAAUUCCUUAAAUAGUAGUAUUGAACUACUGGAAAUAACAUCCAUACUGGUAAAAAAAUUUCGCGAUCAAAGACCUAUCCAUGAAUAUGCAGACCAAAGACUCAGUGAAAACAAAUUACUACUAUCUUGGUUCAGAACAUGGGAAAAUGCGGACGGCCUUUGUGAAAAAAAUCUUAUUUCGCAGCAAACAAGAGAAGACACAGUGUCCCUUUUAAUUGGUUUUGAUGAAAUGUGCAAAGACAGAUUUUCUAGGUCAUGUGGGUCAAUUAUUGCCAGUUACAUAAAUAGUGACUCCAUUGAAAAUAUUUUUUCUCAACAGAGAGGUUUGCAUAAUGGUGCAAAUACAAACCCAAAUCUUCUUACCUAUAAUCAUGCAAUAAAUAAUAUAAUUCUUGGUCAAACAACAGUAUCAAGAAAAUGUAACACUGGUGAAUCAGGUGCUCAAGUGUAUAGUGACCAAAGACAACCACUUAAAUCUAUACAAUGAAUGCUUGCAAUGCUCAAAAUAAAUAAUUGAAAAAUAAAUGAA